GCGUAUAGAACGAAACCAGUCAGAAAAAAGCUUAGAAAACUUCUUCAAAAAGAUCAAUUUCUUUCCAUAACUAUCAUCAAGAGAGAGAAUCAAAUAGUACACAUUUUUAGAGUGAGAAACUGAAACCAUUCCAGAAUCAUUAACAACUCCAUUGAAAUACCUCUCUAAACCUUCACAGUUACACAGCAGAGAAAGAAACUUACAUAUAUUUUCACUUUCUCUCUCCUCCAUUUUCAAUCACCAUUCCCAGUUCAACCAAUAAAUCUGGGAAUGGAGCAGGAGGGGACCCACUCAGAUCCGUCUCCUGAUUGGGAAACCCAUGGACCUCAAUCUGAACUUCAAGCGUGAAAAAUGUGGAUUCGAAUUUUGAUGAGAUAUUUCUAUUUGUGGAUUUUGGAAUAAGGGUAGAAUCGAUGUGGAAGCUUGGAUUAGAGGAUUCUUCUUCUUUUUCUCCCUACCCGGAAAGGCCCGGUGAGCCCGAUUGUAUUUAUUUCUUGAGAACUGGUUUUUGUGGAUAUGGUGAUCGUUGUCGUUUCAAUCAUCCUCGUGAUCGUUCUAUUUCCAUGGUGGUAGGAAGUGGAAGGGAUGGCGGAGGAGACUACCCUGAGCGAGCUGGUCAGCCCAUUUGUCAGUAUUAUUUGAGAACUGGAAGUUGUAAAUUUGGAACAUCUUGUAAGUACCAUCAUCCAAGGCAAGGAGCAAGUCCUGUGAAUCAGUUUGCACUCAACGUUUUGGGAUAUCCCUUACGUCCGGGGGAGAAAGAGUGUACGUACUACAUCAAAACAGGGCAGUGUAAAUUUGGGAUGACCUGCAAAUUUCAUCAUCCAGCUCCUUCCAAUGUCCCGGUACCAACUGCAACACCGCCCACGCCUCUUACUACCCCUGCUAUUUACUCUACUCCUACCGCUGUUCCUCAACCAUAUGGAAUGGUCACGGGUAAUUGGCCUGUUCCAAGGCCCUCUAUGGUUCCAGGUUCAUAUAUUCAAGGACCUUAUGGACCAAUGCUAUUCUCUUCGGGUGUAGCUCCCUUUCCUGGUUGGGGGCCAUACACAGGAACUACUCCUAUGACCACCCCUAAUACCCAGUCAGUUGGAGCCGGCCAAUUUUACGGAUUAAUGCCACCGUCCCCUUCAGCACCUGCUUAUGCUGGGCGUUAUCAAGUUAUCUCUUCUACAGCAAGUAAUGUUUCAAAAGAACAUUCAUAUCCACAGAGACCUGGGCAACCUGAGUGCCAGCAUUACUUGAAAACAGGGGACUGCAAAUUUGGUUCAUCAUGUAAAUAUCAUCACCCUGCAGAAUGGGGUGCUCCAGAAACAUGUUCUACACUGAGCCCCAUGGGUCUUCCUCUUCGCCCAGGUACUCCAACUUGUAAUUACUAUGCACAACAUGGAGUAUGCAAGUUCGGUCCCACGUGCAAGUUUGAUCAUCCAAUGGGAACACUGAGUUACAGCCCUUCCACAUCUUCUCUUUCUGAUAUGCCCGUAGCUCCUUAUCCUGUGGGAUCUUCCGUUGGAACUCUUGCUCCAUCGUCCUCAUCCUCAGAUUUGCACGCUGAAGUAAUGUCAGGGUCCAAUAAAGAGUCUGCUACUACAUUGUCAUCCUCUGUCGGCAUAGCAAAUGGUUCAGUUGGCUCGAUAUUAUCAAAAAGUGGGUCCACUCAAUCUGGUCUCCAACAUUCUGGUCAGAGUUCCGCUUCCGCUACAUCUAGUAGCAGCAAAAGGGGUACUGGUGAUGGUCGUGCUCCUAGCUAAGACCGAAUCAGGAAAGUUAUAUAUUUUCUUCCUUUAUCAGUUUUUCGUAGAUGAAAAUUUCAGGAAAUCAUCAAAACUCUCAUUCUUUUGAACAAACCAGAGGCACGAAAUCUUCCUUCUUCCCUUAUCCUCGAAUUCACUUCAGCACACACAACUUUUCAUAUAUAUAUGUUCAUAGAUUUUCAACGGCCAUCCUUUUUUUCGUCUUUAAUAAGCCAUCCCGUACCUUCUCAAUUGUCAUAUCCUCAUAAUAAUCAAGGGAAACAGUAAAACCAAAAAUCAUCUCCGUUUCACAUACUAUCCCUCCAAUUAUUAGGGCUUCCUCAUACUUCUUCCCGUCUUUUGCUUCCCCACGAAAAGUACGGAAAAUGGCUCAUCUUUUUAUGUAGGUAGUCCUUUGUUCGUCUGCUGACGGACUUUGGCCGCAUCUGUCUUUUGGUUCCUUACUACAUGGGACAUGCUUCCCAGCCCAACUUUAGAGUGGGUACAUUGGGAGUUUUCUGUUGUUCCUCACUUUAAUAUUUUUCUUUUUUCCUCACAUUUCAAAUGAACGUUGCAAAAACGAGCGAUCUCAGCCCUCAGGACCUGGAAGCAGGCAAUCUCUUUCUGCCUGAUGUAUAAGAUUAAGAUACAUAGAGAAACAUGUGACCAUUAAAACUGUUCAUUGAUAAAUUAUCACUUGGUUCAUAUAUUUGAAUUUAACUUCAUUUUUAUUGGAUGGAUGUUCACAUUUACAUGCUUUAUUAUUUAUCUUUUUU